GACGGUAGAUUUGGGGAGAGAAAAGGCUCUCAGGUCAAUCUGCAAUUCGUUCUUGACCUUCCCAGAAGAAGAAAAAUAAAGGCCCAGCGACAGACUGACCCAGCCCAGCAUGGCUGCCACCGGCCAGGUCGUCGUCCCCGUCUCUAAGACGAAGGAGCUCAAGGGUACCGAGAAGAGGGACACUCUGGUGGCUUGGGAGAAGAAAAUACAGGAGAAAUGGGAAGCCGACAAGGUGUUCCAGCCCGAUGCUCCUUCGACCGACGAGGUUCCCCUCCAUUCCAUCUCCGCUGCUGAGCUCCGCGAGAAGUACCCAAAGUUUUUCGGCACCAUUGCCUACCCUUACAUGAACGGCACCUUGCACGUCGGGCAUGCCUUCUCUGACAGUAAGGUCGAGUUCAUGGUCGGUUGGGAGCGCAUGCAGGGGAAGCGCGUCCUGUGGCCGCAGGGCUACCACUGCACCGGCCUGCCCAUCAAGGCCUCUGCGGACAAGAUCGCCAAGGAGGUCCAGAUGUUCGGCCAGGAGUUUGAGAACUACAACGAGGAGGAGGAGCUCCUCGUGGAGAAGGCCGCCAGCGGCGCGAACCCCGUGCAGGCCAAGAGCGAGGACGUUACCAAAUUCAAGGCCACAAAGGGCAAGGCCAACGCCAAGGCCGUCAAGAUGAAGUACCAGUUCCAGAUCAUGGAGGCCGUUGGCAUCCCGAAGAAGGAGAUCCACCGCUUUGCGGACGCGCAGUACUGGCUCGAGUUCUUCCCGCCCCUGUGCAAGCGGGAUCUGUCCGCAUUGGGAUGCAGGAUAGACUGGAGGAGGCAAUUUGUCACGACCGAUGCGAAUCCAUACUAUGACGCAUUCAUACGGUGGCAGAUGACCCGCCUGCGGGAGAUGAACAAGAUCAAGUUCGGCAAGAGAUACACCAUCUACUCGAUAAAAGAUGGCCAGCCAUGUAUGGACCACGACCGGAGUGAUGGUGAGGGCGUGGGCCCUCAAGAGUACACGGCCCUGAAGCUGAAGGUCCUGGAAUGGGCUCCCAAGGCUGCCGAGGCCAUCAAGGGCAAGCUGCCCGACGGGGCCAACAUCUUCUUCGUGCCUGCUACCCUCCGUCCCGAGACGAUGUACGGGCAGACGUCAUGUUACGUCGGUCCUAAGCUCACCUAUGGCGUCUACCAGGCUUCGGAGAACGACUACUACAUUAUUGGUGACCGUGCCGCUCGUAACAUGGCAUUCCAGGGCCUGCUGAAGGACAACGGUGUAGCCCCCAAGUCGCUGGCUGAACUCAAGGGCUCGGACUUCAUCGGCACCCUGGUGCACGCGCCCCUGUCCAUGCACAAGGAUGGUGUUCGCAUCCUGCCCAUGGACACCGUCCUGGAGACGAAGGGAACUGGUGUUGUGACGAGCGUCCCAUCAGACUCUCCCGAUGAUUAUGCCACGGUACGAGAUCUGGCCAAGAAGUCUGACUUCUACGGCAUCCAGAAGGAAUGGGCCGAGCUGGAGAUUUUCCCCAUUAUCUCAACCCCGACGUACGGAGACAUCUGUGCAAAGACCCUUGUGGAGAAGCUCAAGAUCGCCUCGCCCAAGGACACGAAGCCUCUGGCUGAAGCCAAGGAACUGGCGUACAAGGAAGGUUUCUACCAGGGAACUAUGCUGGUAGGCAAAUAUAAGGGAGAGAAGGUUGAGGCUGCAAAGCCAAAGGUUCGCGCCGACCUCAUUGCCGCCGGCGAGGCAUUCCCUUACGCCGAGCCCGAGGGCCAGGUCGUGAGCAGAUCUGGUGACAAGUGCAUCGUGGCGCUGAUGGACCAGUGGUAUCUGGACUAUGGUGAGGAGAAGUGGAGGGACCAGGCCAUUGACUGGGUGCAACAUGGCCUGAACACCUACUCGACCGAGACCAAGAAUGCUUUCGUGGGUGUUCUGAACUGGCUGAACCAGUGGGCCUGCGCGAGAACUUAUGGUCUCGGGUCCAAGCUGCCAUUUGAUACCAACUUCUUGGUCGAAUCCCUGAGCGACUCAACGAUUUACAUGGCAUACUACACUCUUGUCCCCUGGCUGCACACGGAUCUGUUCGGCCGGGAAAAGGGCAAGGGCAACAUCUCGGCCGACCAGAUGGUUGAUGAGGUGUGGGACUAUGUUUUCUCCAGAAGUGAACUUACCGACGAGGUACUGGAGAAGAGCAAGAUCCCCAAGGCCACUCUGGAGGGCAUGCGCCGUGACUUCGAAUACUGGUACCCUCUGGACGUCCGUGUUUCUGGCAAGGACCUCAUCCCGAACCACCUGACUUUCUUCCUCUACAACCACAUUGCCUUCUUCUCUCAGGAGUAUUGGCCACGUGGUAUUCGUGCCAACGGCCAUCUGAUGCUGAACGGUUCCAAGAUGUCCAAAUCCACUGGCAACUUCAUGACCCUGGAUGAUACCGUCAAGAAGUACGGUGCCGAUGCCGCACGAAUUGCGCUGGCAGAUGCUGGUGAUGGCAACACUGACGCCAACUUCGAAGAGGAUGUGGCUGACAAUGGUGUCCUGAGGCUGUUCAACAACCGGGAGUGGAUCGAGGAGGUGUCCAAGGACCCCGAUCUGAGAACAGGCCCCCUGAACUCGUAUCAGGACGCGCUCUUUGACAACGAGCUGAACGUUCUCGUGGCGGAUGCCAAGAGAGAAUACACCGACACGAACUACAAGCUGGCCUUGAAGGCAGCAUGGUUCGACUUCACCUCGGCAAGGGACUUUUACCGCGAGGCUUGUAUCGGCGCCGGCAUCAAGAUGCACAAGGAUCUCAUCUUCCGCUACUUUGAGCUGCAGGCUCUAGUUCUGGUUGUCAUCGCACCCCAUUGGUGUGAGUGGAUCUGGCUGGAAAUCCUCAAGAAGCCACAGUCCAUCCAGCUGGCCCAGUGGCCUGAGGUGCCGGCGGCCAACUUUGGCCUGUCUGCGGCUCGCGACUACGUCCGGCAGACGUCGAGCAACAUCAACAGUGCCGAGUCGACACAGCUCAAGAAGAAGGCCAAGGGCAAGGAGACGGUCUAUGAUCCCAAGAAACCCAAGAUGCUCACCAUCUUCACCACAGACAAGUACCCCGCUUGGCAAGAGAAGUACAUCGACCUCCUCAGCGAGCACUGGGACACCUCGAGCAAGUCCAUCAAGGAUGAGAAGGCCCUCAACGACCAGAUCAAGAAGGGCGGCGAGGCCAAGAAGGCCAUGCCCUUCGUCAAGCAGCUCCAGAAGCGCCUCGAGGCCGGCGAGGACGCCUCGGUUGUCCUGUCGCGCAAGCUCGGCUUCGACGAGCAGGCUAUCCUGCUCGAGAUGGUGGCCGGCCUGCGCCGCACCACGGGCUUCUCCAAGAUCGUCGUCGUACACGUGGCCGAGGGCUCCAAGACGGGCAAGGACCUGACGGAUGCUGGGAAGGGGGUGGACGUGAGCAGCCCCAUUGGUGCCAAUGCCGUGCCCGGGGCGCCAAGCUUCAUGUUUGAGAACCAUGAGGGAUAGAUGCGAGGAUGAAGUAAAAGCAUAGAUGCGGCGACGAAACACAAAAUAGAACAUAACCAUUUGGAGAGGAAUAGAAAAUACGUGUUGCUGCUGCGAGAGCAUAGGGAAUUGAAGAAGAAUCACCUC